AAGGUAAAUAGAAGUGUGUCUGAAAAUUAUGGGUUCCGUGUUGUGGUUAUAUGUUGUUUGUAUGAUUAGGUCCCUUAACACUAAAAAGUCCUCAUGUUUGUAUUUUCAAGCCUUUCAAAAUGGUUGUAACCAGUGAACAGGGGUCAACAAGCUUUCCGGUGUCCAAGCAGAAGAAACAACGCCAACGCAAUCGGCCCAGAAACAAACGAAACCGUUCUCAAGAUACCAAAAUUCAAACACAAAUCGAAAGUGCAAUGCAAAAAGCUGGCAGUAAUCAACAGCCAAAUGCAUCAGCAGCGGAUAAGAGCCGCGAGCAAGUGAUGGCUGAGCGCGAGGCCAAAAAGCUGGCGAAGCAAUCCAAGAAACAGAAGCAGCCACCCAACCAAACGCCGGCAACAACAAUCAUCACUGAAGUUGAGCAAACGACCAUAACACAAAAACUAACGACCACAACAACAACAACAACCAAGUCAAAGGAUAAUAAUAAUAAAAACCAACUGUCAUUAGCUGCAGCCUCCAUCACGCCCACAACUGCCGCCGUCGCCACAAAUAUUCCAGUUUCAGCAGAUUCGAUCACCACUGGCGAAAAGACACGCGACCAAAUCAAAGCUGAGCGCGAGGCGAAGAAGGCAGCCAAGCAUGCGGCCAAGUCGUCCAAAUCAGUCAAAGCAAAUAACGUGGACGCAGUACCGCAGCAAUUAAAUAAUUUGCAUGUUGCAGCCAAGACUACGGGCAAUGAAACUGCUGCAACAGAAGUUUCAUCGCCAGCAGAUCAGGAAAAGAAAAAACCACCGCUUAGCAAGGCGGAGCGACGCGCUGUACAGGAGGCGCAGCGUGCGGCCAAGGCGCAGGGACAAACUAAAACAAAAGCUGCCCCAAUAACCCAAGCAGCCGCAAGCAGCGCUAAGGCGACGCCAAAAGUUAGUGCUACGCCUGUAAAAGAGCCGAAACGUGACAGUGAAUCACCCGCCAAGUCACCGGUUAAGCUGUCGACGCUCAAAGCGGAACGAGAGUGCAAAAUGAAGCUGUUCAAUCAUUUGGCGAGCGCUGACAAGGAUGCCAGCUUAUUUGUGAACGAUCCCAACUUGCAUCCCAGUAUGGCUCGUCUGGGUGUCCAGUAUGCCGAACGAACUGUUGUCGGCUCCAAUGCACGCUGCAUUGCCUUCCUGCACGCACUGCGACAGGUGGUGCGGGACUUUGAGACGCCAGCGAAGAAGGAGUUUGGACGCAGUCUUGAUGUGGCGGUCAAGCAUCAUGUGGAUCAUUUAAACAAAUGCCGACCGCUGGCUGUUUCUGUCUACAAUGCCUACAAGCAGUUCAAAAACCAAUUGACUCAGCUGCCAGCGGAUCAACCCGAAACAGAGUUAAAGGAUCAACUCGAACACUUCAUAGACACCUACAUAGAGAAUCAGAUUGGCAAGGCCGCCCAGGCGAUUAGCAGCUCAAUGCAGGAGAAGAUCACCGAUGGAGAUGUGCUGCUCACAUUCGCCUGCUCCUCGCUCAUCCAGUUCAUCUGUGAGGAGGCCAAACGUCGUCAGGUGGCCUUCCGUGUGAUUGUCGUUGACUCACGACCAUUUUGCGAGGGCCAGGAGAUGCUGCGUCGCCUGCAUGCUCACGGCAUACCCUGCACCUAUGUGCUCAUCAAUGCCAUCGGCUAUGUCAUGCCGGAGGCAACCAAAGUAAUGCUCGGCGCACAUGCGCUGCUUGCCAACGGUUAUGUUAUGGCCCGAACAGGCACCGCCCAGGUCGCACUCGUCGCCAAUGCGCAUAAUGUGCCCGUGCUCGUCUGUUGCGAGACGCACAAGUUCAGUGAGCGUUUCCAGACCGAUGCCAUUGUCUACAAUGAGCUGUGCGAUCCUAAUCAGCUGGUCAUGAGUGGCAAGUGCUGUCUCAACAAUUGGCAGACAAAGAGUCGACUGACCCCGCUCAAUCUUAGCUAUGAUAUCACGCCACCGGAACUGGUCAGCGCCGUUGUCACCGAGGUGGCCAUUCUGCCUUGCACCAGCGUACCCGUAAUUCUGCGCAUCAAGCCAGAUAUUGGCUAUUAGACACCCCACUCAAUCCAUUGCUUUUUGCUUGACUGUUGCUUUUUCAGAGAUUCAAAUAGAUAACACAAAAGAGUCCAAAUGAGAACUUUGAAUAAAUAUGUUUCUUUUUAUUAUA